CCAUCGCCGAACGGCGAUAAAACUCUUAAACCUCUAAUCCCGCUCUUUUUUUUCAAAUUACUUAGUAAUCUCAUCUCACUUCCUCCAUUUUCUGGUUUCGUCUUUAAUUCUUCCGAUUUCCGCCAUGAAAGCGGCGGAGAUCAGAGCCCGAGGUCGUCGAAUGUUCGUGAGCAAGAUAGGUUUCUUCCCAUCGUUAACAUAAGCCGUAUCAUGAAGAGGGGUUUACCUGCCAAUGGCAAAAUUGCCAAAGAUGCCAAAGAGACCAUGCAGGAAUGCGUCUCUGAAUUCACCAGCGACAAAAAGGAAAGCGAAACCAUACUGAACCGGAAGCUAGUUCUCGUGAAUGGAAAGCCGCAAAGGAAGAAGAAGUCUCAUGCUUCAGGAAUAAAUCUUUCUCUGUUCAAGAGAGAUAUCGAUGAACUCAUAGACGAGUUUGUGGAGGGUGAUUUGACAACGUUCGCUGAAAUGAAGAGGGUGUGGCUAUCCCGAAAGUUUUCUUAUAUAUAUGAAGCCAAUCGUAACACCAGCUUAGCCUUUUUCAUGCAGUCACUAUAUGCUCAUACCAUCGGUCACAUGGUUAAUACUGGAGAUUCUUUUUCACGAAGACUUGGAGGUCUUUACUGUCUCUAUUGCCUUCAUGAGACCCAACCUUUUAAACCCAAGUUCAGAAUCUAUACCUCACUUCAAGAGCUUGGGAAACUUAGGGAUCUUAUAGUUGAGGCAAAAGAUAAAGGUGUAGAGAUAGCUACUGCUGUGGCAAAACAACUGCUUGAUAAAAACGUGUUCAUAUACGGAGCUGUGGAAGUUGAUGAAGCGUCUGUAACCGAGAAACUCAAUCAAUCAACCGAGCUACAGAAUGCACUUGUGCGUUGUGCAUAUGAAAAAUUAAACUCUAACACCGAGAUUGAGCAAUUUAUUCAUCUGGAUAUGGGUAAUGAAGUUGAUCUGAGUUCCCUACAUAAAAUGUCUAUAGAAUAUGCAGAGGCCAAGAAGCGCGCAAUCAAAGGAGAAAUAGUGGAGAUUGAGGACAUAAAGCACAUAGCGGAAGAGAAAGAGUUGAUGGGAGAGAGAGUGGAGAAACUGAAAGAGGAAUGGGAUUCGCAAAAACUCUCAUUUUAUGAAAAAACAAAGCUUGAUUCUCUUGAUACGACACAGAAACUUGUGAAAGAUGUUGCACAUGAUGAAGGUGAUGGGUUUGAUGAGCUUGACCGCUUGCUUUCUGAGAGCUGAUUUAGCUAUUGCAAUCACCGGUCAAAGUUUUUUUUUAUCAAAUGCCGGCAGCAAAUGAAAAGCAAUGGAAUUUUACUGGUUAAGUGUCAGGAGCUACAAUACAGUCUAAUAAAAUCAAGAGAGCAAGGGGUUGAUUAGGAGAAUAUAUUGGUUAAGUCUUGUUGUGAACUUAGUAUUGAACAAUGGGAUCAAGGAUGUCAGUUAGUGUCAAAUGCCUAUGUCUGCAAUUGUUUUAUAGUUUUCCUCUGAUCGCUGAGAUCUGAUUUGCUGUAUUUUUUUUUUUUUUUUGUUUAUCAAGCUGAGUAACAUAACAGACUCAUUGACUCGUUACAAGCGUAAACCAAAGAAUACAAAUAUCGG